GCGAGUGUGAGAGUGAGCCGAAGCCUAAAGCAAUAAUGCAAGCUACGAAGAGGGCGAGGCCAUCGGGCAAGAAGGGCCCUGCUGUGGCACAGAAGAGCCUCACUGUGGCGCAGUUGAAAGCACGGCUGUCAGAGCGGGGACUGAGCACAGCUGGGAGGAAAGCAGAUCUAGAACAGCGCCUGCAGGGUGCAGGCCAGACUUUGGAGAGUGGUGAAGCCUCACGUCCCUCGGAAUGUGCACCUCAAUCAGAGCAUGGACAUGGUCAGGCGGCCGGGAAGCAAGACUCCCUGCGUGCCAAGAAGGCCCCGGGAGGCGUUUUCAAGGCUGGAAAGAGGAAGAAUUUUGUCCGCAUCAAUCUGAAGGGGCCUAGCGCGAAGGGAAAGUUCCAGAGCAAGGGAGCUCGGAAGUUUGGCAAGAAGCGCUUCUCGCGGUUUGGCCGCUUCCAGACAAAGAUGCUUCCGCAGGCAGGUCAGGGGGCUGACUACGUGGAGGGCUGCAGCAACCGCUCCAGGGCAUGCUUCAAAUGCGGCGCCGAAGGCCACUGGGCCCAGAACUGCCCUGGCCUCCCCGACCCUGCCGCACAGGGGGAGUUGGAUGAGGAGGGCACAGAGGAAGCGGGGCAGACUGCAGUGCCGGUGGCGCCGCCCCUGGCAGUGCCGGCGGCGGCUGUGCAAUUGGCAGAGGAAGCCAUGACAGAGGAGGCGCUCACAGAGAGGCUGCACAGCGUGUUUGGGUUCGCCGCCUUCCGGGGCCUGCAGCUGCCUGUCAUCCAGUCUGUGCUGCGCAGCAUCUCCACGCUGGCCGUGCUGCCCACAGGCGCGGGGAAGUCGCUGUGCUACCAGGUCCCGGCUCUGCUGUGUGGUGGGCUGGUGCUGGUGGUGUCCCCCCUGAUAGCGCUGAUGAAGGACCAGCUGGCCCACCUGCCCAAAGGCCUGCCCGGAGCCAUGCUGUGGAGCGGCCAGCAGGCCGCGCAAGCCAUGCAGACGCUCCGUGACGUGCGGGAGGGGAGGAUCAGGGUGCUGUAUGUGGCGCCAGAGCGCAUGGGAAGCCCCAGCCUGCUGUCUGCGCUCGCGCCCAUGAUGCCGUUGCCUCUGGUGUGCAUCGACGAGGCCCACUGCAUCGCUGAAUGGGGGCACAACUUCAGGUCGGCGUACUUCCGGUUGGGGCGCAUGCUGCGUGAGAACAUCCCCUGCCGGGCGGUGCUGGCGCUGACGGCGACGGCCACCAAGGCGACGGAGGCGUCCAUGGUGCAAGCACUCGGCAUCGCCCCCUCCGCCGUCUUCCGCGACGCGAGUCUGAGGGACAACCUGCGCUUCAACGUGCACCACACCAACGGAGGCACGGAGGCCGGCCACUUCAAGGCAAUGCUGCUGAAGCUGCUGCGGCCAGGGGGCGCUCUGGCCGACAGGAAGGCUGUUGUGGUCUACACGACCUUCCAGAUGCAGGCAGAGCAGGUCGCUGCGCACCUUCACUCCCACGGCAUCCCUGCCGCGGCCUACCAUGCCGGCAAGCACUUCAAGGAGCGCGAGAGCGUGCAGGACAUGUUUGGGAAGGGGCGGCUGCGUGUGGUGGUUGCCACGGUGGCGUUUGGCAUGGGCGUGGAUGCCGGCGGUGUGCAGGCAGUCGUGCACCUCACCCUCCCACAGAGCCUGGAGGAAUACGUGGGCAGGGCAGGCAGGGAUGGCAGCGAGGCGUUGUGCCACCUGUUCCUGGACGAUGCAGACUUCCGGCGGCUGCGGUCUCUGAGCCACUCAGACGCCGUCUCCGCCGCCUCCGUCCUGCAGUUUCUGGAUACCGUCUUUGUACUGGAUGAGACUGAGGGGGAGGCAUCAGAGGGUGACGGCAGCCGCUAUGCUGUGCUGGGCGCUGACGAGCUGGCCUGCUCCCUGGACAUGAAGGCCGAGGUCAUGGAGACGCUUCUCACCUACCUGGAGGCGCACAAAGAGACAUACGUGCGGGUGCUGUCGUCCGUGGGGCGCACAGCCAAGGUGUCCUUCUUCAACAGCACCUGCCAGGAGCUGGCGCCCAGGCAGCCCGCGCUGGAGUCCCUCUUAGCCGUCUGCCCCAAGCCCCGUGCCGGCAACUACACAGUACACAUGGCCAGGUGGGCGAAUGCAGCGGGGAUGGCUCCGUCAGUAUUACUGCAGCAGCUGGCAGCACUGGCGCGGCGAGACGAACUGCGCUUUGAGGUGGACAGCAAAUCCACCCUCACCUUCCAGGUGGUGAAGCGCCCUGAUUGUCUGGAGGAUCUGGCAGAGGAGCUCGCCGCAAGGCACACCGAGAUCGGCCGCCGCCGCCUGCGCCGCCUGGACACCACAUACAAAAUGCUGGCUGCGGCUGCCUCGAAGCCAAAUCAGGCUUCCCAAGAGCACCAUAUCAGAGAUGUUGCGAAGCAGUACUUUGAGGCGGAGGAGGACAGCAGCGGGGCAGGGCAGAGCGCUGAGGCAGAGGAGGCUGAGGGGCUGCCGCUUGAGACCGCCAGCAACUUCAUGGCCAAGGACGUGCGCAUGCUGCUGCGCGAAAGUGCUUCCAUAAAGGUCGGAGCACAGCUGACUGGACGCGCUGUUGCACGCAUCCUGCACGGCCUGUCAAGUUCAGCAUUUCCAGCCGCACAGUGGAACAAGUGCGGCUACUGGGCCCGCUAUGGCAAUGUGGACUUUGAUGCUGUGCUGGCCGUGGCAGAGGCCGAGCUUGAGGCAUGCAAGAAAUGAUGCAGCAGCAGCAAUGGGUGGUCUGUUUUGCUUUGUGCGUGUACGCAUGAUAAAGUGAUGCGCAUGUGCAGGUAGGGUCUUGCAGUUGCCUAUAAGACAGGAGGACAUUAAAUUGCCUGUGACCGGUCCUUGCUCUGCCGAAUCCACCCCUACAAGCGCCGGGAGCCAGCCGGCAACAGCUUAGAGCUUGAACCUGACGCUGGCUGACAGCUGAGUCAUUAAUUUUGCCUAUAUACGUUGUUUGCUAUCAACAAUGCGCCCUUGCUUACAGAUAAAUGUUUCUUGCCAGUGCCCAACCUCGGAGGGUAUGUUGACAAAG